UCAUAGUGUUUAUCAUACCAGACUGUACUCCCCACUCCAAUCUUCCCAGCAGUACAGCUGUAGAGAGCAGCACAGCCACAAGCCACAAUCCUUGGACAUAACCUAAUCAUCUACAAGGAUGGUGGUGAGAGGGUUGGUGCUGAGUGUUGUGAUAGUUCUGCUAGCAGUUGGCGCAGGUGUCUACUAUGAUCACCUGACAGCAUUCUCAGGCGCAGUACCUCAGCUGACUGAGGAGUGGUGGGGGGUCGGCCCUUCUAGAGCAGACGACACCUCCAUCAUCCCCUUCAAGAUCAACUACCCUAAACAGGUGCUUGAUGAUCUCCAUAUUCGGCUGAACAACACCAGAGUAUUCCACCCCCCACUGGAAGGUGUUGGGUUCGAGUAUGGCUUCAACACUAAGUUUCUUCAAAAAGUACUAGACUUUUGGAAGACCAAGUAUUCUUGGGAAGAACGCCAGAAGUACUUAAACUCAUUUCCACAGUUCACCACAGAAAUCCAAGGCCUCAAGAUCCAUUUUAUUCACGCAAAGAUAACACAGACAAAAAAACCAGGGUUGAAGGUGGUUCCUAUCUUGCUGUUGCACGGGUGGCCGGGUUCAGUAAGAGAGUUCUACGAGUUGAUUCCCAAGUUGAUCACACAAAGACCCGGACCAGACUUUCCCUUUGCCUUUGAGGUAGUAGCUCCGUCACUCCCAGGCUAUGGUUUCUCGGAGGCAGCCGCUCGGCCGGGUCUAGGAGCUGCUCAGAUGGCUGUCGUUCUCCACUCUCUCAUGGAGCGACUCGGCUAUGACAAGUAUUUCGUCCAAGGAGGAGACUGGGGAAGUAUAAUAGGCACCAACUUUGCCCAGAUGUAUCCUGACAAUGUCAUCGGACUACACUUGAACAUGGCGAACGUACAACCAACAAUCGGUAUACAACUGAAGCUGAUGGCCGGCAGCUUGUAUCCAAGACUAAUUUGUGACGAGGGAGAAGAGAAGUUCACUUAUCCUAUGCUGGACAAACUAUCUUUCCUAUUGGAGGAGACCGGAUACUUACAUAUACAAGCCACUAAGCCUGACACUGUGGGAGUUGCAUUGAGAGAUUCUCCGAUCGGAUUGGCUGCUUACAUCUUGGAAAAGUUCUCCACUGGGACUAACCCUUCAUGGAAGAGUUUGUCUGAUGGAGGCCUCUUAAAAAAAUACAAACUGGAGGAUCUCUUAGAUAAUAUCAUGAUCUACUGGCUCACUGGAUCAGCCACCUCAUCUAUGAGACUGUACAGCGAGUCAUUCAACAAGAAACAUAUGUCUAUGGGAUUUAAUAAGGCUCCAGUCACAGUUGUUACGGGAAUUGCUCGAUUACCCAAUGAGAUUGCUAACCAACCUCGCUCAAUACUCGGUCUCAAGUUUAAGAAAAUCGUCCAUCUGACGGAUUUUCCCACUGGUGGACACUUUGCUGCGUUUGAGGAGCCAAAACUGCUCGCUGAUGACAUCUGGAAAUUUGCCUCUAUUGCAAACCACACUCUUACUCUUGAGCAUCCAGAUGUUAAGUGGUUUUAAGUGUUAUUUUGUAGAUGUCUGUAAAAAUAAAGUUUACAUUUUAAAUUUU